AGGUAAUAAUGCCGGCUGAAAGCGGUUUCGUCUCUUCAGAUAGCGCCAGUGAGGAAGCAGUCGAUCAUAAGGUGAUGACUGAACCGAUGAAGAAGACUUCGAAUCUAGAAAAUAUGGCAGCCGCGUAUAGUUCCAUCAUUUCUCAUGUUGGUGAAGAUGUAAAUAGGCAAGGACUUCUAAAAACGCCAGAACGAGCUGCUAAAGCUAUGCUCUUCUUCACAAAAGGAUAUGAGCAGCAAUUGGAUGACAUUCUCAAUGAAGCGGUAUUCGAUGAGGAUCACGAUGAGAUGGUUAUAGUGAAAGAUAUCGAGAUGUUCUCACUUUGUGAACAUCAUCUUGUACCGUUCAAUGGAAAAGUGCACAUAGGAUACUUACCCAACAAAAAAGUACUUGGAUUAUCGAAACUCGCGCGAAUUGUGGAAAUGUUCAGCCGGCGUUUGCAAGUGCAAGAGCGUCUGACAAAACAAAUUGCAACGGCUAUGGUCCAAGCAGUGCAACCAGCUGGAGUCGCUGUGGUAGUCGAAGCAAGCCACAUGUGCAUGGUAAUGAGAGGAGUGCAGAAAAUCAACGCUACAACUUCAACAUCCUGCAUGCUUGGUGUAUUUAGGGACGAUCCAAAAACGCGAGAAGAGUUUUUAAAUCUCAUCAACAAGAAGUAAAUCCUGGUCGACGGCGCACUUGGUAUUCAUUACGGUAUUUCUAGACAUCUAUUCAAGAUAAAGUCGGUAUCACGGGUCUAAGAUCCGUUUCAUGUAUGUACUGUGUAUGUGUAACUAUCUCUAGUUGAUGCUUUUUCGAAGCUGUUUUGGCAUGUGAUCAUCCAGUGAAUAAAAUGUUCAUCUGAUA